UCCGCGCGCCGCCGCGACGGUGGAAGUGCAGUCCGCGUGCAGCAGCGCGAGGAAGAGACCUGACAAGCUGAAUGGCUGGAAACUGAACGUGUUCAAGUGAUGACUGACCAUCCAGUGCUGUGGGGCACAAGACAGAUGAUUACACCUGCAGAAGAUGCCAGCAGCUGCUCAUUGGUCAAACAUGAAUGCUCUUGGGUUUUAAAGAAGAUGCUGUGGAUGGUCUCAUCUGAGAUAGACUCUUAAAGUUGCUGGAGAGGAAUCCCCAUCACCGAGAUCUCCGGGUGGUAGCAGGGUCCCCAGCAUGUGGCCCCCGGACAUCGGGCCUCCAGAUGUGCAGCUGACUCUCCCCAGUUUUGGGAGUGUGUUUGAGGAUGCCGAGGAUCUUCAGGCGCCGCUGUCCUCCGGUGGGUUCUGCCAGUCGUCCAGCCACUCGGGAAGCCUGUGCUGCCUUCCCAGGACCUCGCUGUCCUUGUCUUCGCUGGGAUGUGAGCUCACCUCCCUGCUCAGCCGUAAGGCCGCAGAGCCUUGCAUUGAAAAGAUCGUGGAGAACUUGACCACCACAGCGCAAGUAAACCCCAAGAACAGUACCCAGAGGUUCAGCUGCUACCCGCAGCCCUCCCUACCCAUUUCUCAUAUGCUCACCAGCUGUGCCACAACACCAUCUUUCGGCUCUCCACCUUCCUCCCUUUCCUCUUCCUCCUCGUCUUUACUCCUCACCUCCUGCUUGCUUCCUUCUGAUAACCAAAACAAAGUGCAACAGCACAAUCUACAGGGAGAGUAUUGCUCCAUCAAACAGGAGCCUGCAGAUGAUUUCUUGCCGUGUAAAAGGGAACCGUUUCAAAUGAACAUUCAGCAGGAGGAUCUGUUUCACCUGGGCCGGUCUCUUAAGGGUUACGGCGGCAGGGACGGCACCCAGUCCCCUCUGAACUCCCCCAGGCUCAACAGACCUCCAGGACAGGACUUUACACUGGAUCAACAGGAGCAGUCGUGUCAUUGGAUCGACUGCAGCGCCACCUACGGCAGUCAGGAGGAGCUGGUAAGGCACAUUGAGAAGGUGCACAUCGACCAGCGCAAAGGGGAGGAGUUUGCAUGUUUCUGGUCCGGCUGCGUCCGACGGCAUAAACCCUUCAACGCUCGCUACAAGCUGCUCAUCCACAUGAGGGUCCAUUCUGGAGAAAAACCCAAUAAAUGCAUGUUUGAGGGCUGCUCCAAGGCGUUCUCCCGUCUGGAAAACCUGAAGAUCCACCUGAGGAGCCACACGGGAGAGAAACCGUAUAUUUGCCAGCAUCCCGGCUGCCUCAAAGCCUUCAGCAACUCCAGCGACCGAGCCAAACACCAGCGGACACACCUGGACACGAAACCAUACGCCUGCCAGAUCCCGGGAUGCUCCAAGCGUUACACUGAUCCCAGCUCAUUACGAAAACAUGUGAAAGCUCAUUCUGCUAAAGGCCUGCAGGAGAGGGAGGUCAAGGCCCAGGUCCAUACGAUGCUGGAAUCAGAUGUUUUGAGUGAUUGUCUGGCAAGGCAGCAUCUCCACGGCCCUGCCUCCUCCCACCAAGACACCAGCUCACCUUUACCCGACUUUACAGGUGUGUUCUCAAAUAGCAGCACCAACCACAACAGGGGAAAUCCAGAGUUUCUGCCUCCGUCAGCGGACACCUGUUCCCAGUAUCCAGGCCUGGAGGGAAAUUUUGAUGCCAGAAGUCCAAUAUCGUCCUUAACAAGCCCGGGCAACAUGAAAGAGGGGCAACGAUCAGCAUCCUUGUUCGAGUCUGCUGACGUCAGCCCUGUGAGCUCCUCCUUAGACAGAGGUGACGUCCAGCUGCAGGGCCUCCAGAAACUCUACAGCCACCAGCAGUCUGUGUUCUCGCCGCAGCCAGACUGCCUGUAUGGAGAAGGAAAAGCGGUCCCCCCGGUCAGUGAUGGAGGAUAUGAACCUGCCAAUUUCUUCACAAAUCAGUCCACUUCUCACUCUGUGGGGUUUGACUUGCUGCAGCACCUGCAGGGCCAGGCGGUAGGGGGUUACUCCAUGUCCGGUUGCCCUGACGACAGCUUCCUCUUCCAGUCAGGAGGUGUCGACCGCUGCCUCAGUCAGAUCCUCUCCAUCUACCUGGACUCAUGAGGAAAAACAUAAAGCAAACCAAAAAUGGAAUUCACAAAAAAAAAAAAAAAAACUGAACAAAAUGUAGCAUGAAGUAUGUGCAACAACCUUCCAAUCAAUCACAUCUGAACUAUUCUUAGCGGAUAAACAAUGGUAACGGGAAUUUUAACAGUAUGAAAUUGGCAGAAGAAAAAACUGAAUGCAAUUUGAUGAAUAUAAAAGACCAAAACAUGAAAUCUGGUACUGAUACAGAUGUAAAUAUAUAUGAAAUUCGUGCUCAGAUAUGAUCACAGCAUUUGUCAUUUGCAUUUAAUUAGCUUUUUGCUGUAUAGUUUUCUCUCUAUCUCUGACCAAUGUCAAAUUUAACCAAAGAGCGUUCUUCUGCCACCACAAUGCAACAGUUCUCAGUACAGUGUUUUACCUUAAAAAAAAAAUAAGUUCAUCCCAAGAUGAUUCAUGGGUAAGAUACUGAACCCCAUAUUCUAAUGUCUUCCUCAUUUAAGUUUUUUAUUGGAUAAAAGCAUUUGAGUCAAGUUGCUUUUGAUUCAAGACUUUGCAGAUCAUGGAUUUAUAAUGCUUUCAGUGGUCCAACCUCAGAGAGGAUUCAUUUGAAAUUUGAGGAAGAAAAGCAACAGAAAGGAUGAAAGGAUUUUCCCUCACAGGAUGUUUGGACUUUCCCUCAGAGAUAGUGAGAGGAGUCCCAGGUUUGGAGAUUUGGGAGUAGGGAUGCUCCUCCUCCAUGUCUAUGGGAGCCAGCUGAGGUGGUUCAGGUAUCUAGUUAGUCUGCCUCCUGGAGGCGUCUCCAGGGACAUGUUUCAAUCAAACCAGGAGUGAUGGAUGGAUAGACUCUCAAGUAAUACAUUAGAAACUAGUCAAUUUAGCAUAAAGUUUCAAAAGCAGUAGCUCGGCUCAGACAACAGGUAAUAAACCAGCAUCUCUAAAAAUCGCUGAAGCCUUUGUCACGCUGGAGAAAACAUCCAAUAACACACAGCUUUUAUCUUCAUUGGGAAAAGGUGGCUAAACCCAGGCAUGGGUGCUCAAGGGAUCCAGCUGCACUUUAUUUUAGCUGUAACUUGGGAAAUGUUUUUCUCCAUGGUUGUCAUGAUGUCAUCGUGUUGUGAUGGAGGAAGAUUUGAAACGUGUUUGUGAAUUUCAAACCAGUCUUAAUGUUGAGGAAACCUUAACACUAACAAAAAUGAAUAAGUAAAUAAAUAGUUUGAGUAUGUUGAUCCCUUUGAGGUCUAAGAAGAAGUUUAUGAGUGGCAAAUGUGUCUUGUAUUUAAAGAAUACACUAAAGAUCAUCUUCGGCAAUCAUCUGAUGUAGUGCUGCCCCCUAGUGUCUAAACGAAUGUACUCCAGAGAGACGCUACUAAAACUGAAUAAAAAUAAAAAAGGCUUUGAGGGAUUGGAGCAGGAAAAAUUGGCAAACAAAGCCAAUGAAAACUAAACAAUCAAAAACGUGAGGAACAAACUUGCACUAAACUAUUAUUACUCUAAAGAGAUAAGAAGAAUAGCUGUUUUUUUGUUGUUUUUAAAUCUCAUUGUGUUUCAGCAUGCUGAUAUAUAUUGUACAGUUUCUAUCAGUGUUAUCUUCAGUUGGGAGAGGGGUGCUUAUCGUUUACAAUUACUCUGUCACUCUCUGUAAGAGAUUUUCUACAUACUUUAGGAAAAUAACCAAUGAGAAAAAUGUUUUACACUGAUUUUGUAGCAGUUCAGAUAUUUCCUAUUGUCAUUGAACAGUGUACAGACUGUAUAAAC